AAACUCCCCCAUUCUAACGCUUUCUCUUUUUUUACCAUAUUUGGUGUAAAAUGAUGACAUGUAUGGUUAGGAACCAGCAGUGCUCGAGCCCUCUUUAGUUACUGUCAAUAAUUAUUGACUCGAUCACCUUGGCAGAUUAUCGAGCACCACUUCAUAAGCCUAGAUAUCUUGACAGCCACGUAACAGUACUUGCGGUGAAACCAGAUAGAAUUGCUCAAUAAUUAUCUAGCCAGGCAAGAUUUCUAGGAUCGUUUUAGCCACCAUCUCUGAUGAUCUUGGGUCGGUUUGUAGCCACCUUUCUUUCUUGUUGCUUCCGGGAAAGCGGUUAUGCCAGUCUGUCUGUCUGAGAUCGCCUUAGGAGAGAAAUGAAAUCGAAACAGCACGACGAUCAAUUACACGACAGCCAAACCGCGUCCAAACCCGCUUGUAUAGCUAGCAACCGCCGGUGUAAAGACAUGUUUAAAAAGCUAGUCAAGUUGAAAGCGAUGGACUGGCGGUACUGGAUCACUUUAGUUCUGAUUGUUUUCUCGCUAUUUUAUGACGGUAUAUGGACAGCAUUUCAAACAGCAGUCUGUUGCUUCUGUACGAUUGCUACUACAAAGAUCCCUGUUGCUAGAAGGACUCGAAAUGAAACUGCUACCCAGACAGAGGUGCCUGAAGAGCAUUGCACGGAAACCAGACAAGAAGGAAACAACUCCGGUGAAGAUGAGACUGAUUCCUAUGUCAUUAUUAACCAGGAGUCCCAGCCAGUGACACAGUAUCCUCACCUAAAGCAGGCUCUAGGAAAGGUGUUUGAGUGCGCUUACUCCCAGUUUGUCCUGCUUUGGUAUGAUGCUCCUGAGCCCAGAGAGAGACAGGUGCUCCACCAGGCCCUGCUACAGGAGUUCCACACCGACGUGGAUCACCUCAUUCAGACAACACGACACCUGGAGACGAUGACACUGGCUGUGGGGGUCGUCCACAUUCUCACUCAGCAUCUCCAGAGCAGCAGGCUGAACGAAGGGAAGAAGCAGUCCCAGUCCAGGGAUGAAGAGUUGGCCUUGCUCAGAAAGUGCUCUGAAGUUCUGAUUCGCAACCUGCUCCCUCCCUCGCUGUGGGGACUGAAUUAUAUGCAGCAUUUAGUGACUGAAGUCGUAUCGUUGAAAGUUUUAGAGCCUAUGAUUAGCAUGCUGUCAGAUCCAGAUCAUCUAAACCAGUGGAUGGUGGGCUUGUUCAAUGAUGACCAAGUUCCGUUGUUAGCUGUGGAGACUGUGGUGGCUGAAGCAGAACUUAAUCCUCCACAGGAAGACGAGCGAGCAGACGAGCCACAAGAACCGACAAUGGAAGAGACUGAAAACCCACCAGAGAAAAAGAAGAAGAUGCGUUCAAAGAUUGCAGAUGUUUUCAAUAAAUUCAAAAUAAAGAAAUCCAAAAAGAAAAAAAAGAAGCAGAUCUCUCGUAAAGAAGGCGCAGAUCCUGAACCUGGAAAUCUCAGCUUCAGAAGACUGGGGGAUUCUCAGCCCAGUUUAUCUGAGGCUGAUACAGAAGACCUUGAGAGUGAUAGUGUUAUCAGUUACCCAGAGACCUGUUUUGUUUUCCCAUAUGAACUGUGGAAAGAUGGACAUUGGAAGAUAAUGGUUUCAAAGGUGUGGGAAGAAAAUGAGGAUUUGUCUUUCACCAUUCACAUUGAAGAAAGAGAUGACCCUUUCCAGUGGAAUGUGAAAAAGACCCUGACGGCAUUUCAGCAGCUUCUGAGUUGUUUGAAAGAGGCUCCUGAUUUCUCAUCCAUUUCUGACAUUGUGGAAAGCCGGGGGCAACCUGCUGAUGACGAGUUUCUAGAAAAAGCCAGACUGAAACUUGAAGAUUUUUUAAAGGAGUUGGUGUUGAAUCACCCGGCUGGGCAGAGUGAGGAGCUCUUCAGCUUUCUGCAGCCCCCAGAAUCCCUGCUUGAAAGCGAAGAGCCUUUGAUGGAAGUGUGGAGGCUUGUGAGAAGCGUAGUUUCCUUCUUUGCCCCUGGCGAGACGGAGGAGGAGUACCAGGAUUGUUCUGAAGACACAGUGAUUCUUGAUGAAAUUGAUGGCAUGGAUGCUGCUAGCUCAUCUUUAGGAGGAGGGGACCUGGAAACUGAUGCUGUCCCCAUCAGAGAUCACUUAGUAGAAGAUGCAGGUGAGUCAGUGCCCCCCCAGGCAGCUGGGGUAACCGACAGGGGGGGUGCUGGCUCAGGUGGAGACGAGGUCUGCAGGGAGGACAGAACCCAUUCAGGAGACAAACCAAAUCCGGAUCAGUCCAACAUAGCGUAUAGAGCCCUCCUGAUUGGAUCAGCUGACAGUGAGUGUAAUCCAUCUGACUCUGAAGACUCCAAGAUGGAAUGCUGUAUUGAGGAUUCCGGUUCUAAGGCAUCCCUUCCAAACGGAAUCCCCCCGUGUAAUUCAGCUGAUGUGGUCGAUGGGAAAAGGUUAAGAGGCAAGACUGAAAAAGGAAAAGCUAAACUCAACACCAGGAGGCAAGAGACAAAGGCAGAGAAACCUGAGAAGGAAGUGACCAAAGCAAUAUUUGAGCUUUUAAAAGAAAUAACUAAUAAUUCGUUUCUUGUACACUGUUUGAAAUUCAUUCCAUCUUCCUAUCUGGCAGUAAAGGUCUUAUCGAAGCUUCAUUUGGACGAGAAGCAGGUGACAGCCUGCGUUGAGCACCUGUGUGAGAAGCUGUGGCCCAACGGCAUGCCUGCAGAGCCCAGCCCAGAGAGAACGAGCCCAGAGAAAAAACAGACCAAAGAGAGGGCAGAAGAGCUGCUGCUGAAAAUCCUGUCUCCAUACGGCUUAUUCAUAAAAGCUAAGCAUGUGAAGAGUGUGUUCAACACGUUUCAGGAUGUGGAGGCCAACAAGACGCUGGUUUAUAUGCUGUUUUUAUUUCUAUGUAAGGCGCUUGUGCCUGGAGACCCAUCCCUGAAUACACAGACAAUUCCCAGGCUGAACAGACCCCUUUAGCUAAACCCACGGACAGGGAUGACAAAGACAUGCUUCUACUUGCAGAGGACCGGGUCUAUUUUAAUGAGAGUAGCAGGUCUAAAUACUGUCACCUUUUAUCUCUGUAUUACCAGCUGGACGUUGCUUAUGAGAGUAAACACUUGUUCAAAACAAGUUUUAUAUUUUGUUGAUAAAUUUCACUGUGAAAUUCUUAAGACGGUUUGACCAAUGGUUAAGAUCACAAAUCAGUGUUGCUUUGUAAAAUAGCACGUGCACGGCUAGUUUCACAGACCCAGCUGUACAUAACAGAGAAUGUAGUGUUACCCACAUACAUGAAGUUACAUUCCUUUUUAAUGUUGGAUUACUUUUGUACUUUUGUACUUAUAUAUAUCAAAAUGUGUUGUCCUGAAUUUAUAUUAAGAUGUGUGUAAAUCCUAAACUGUUAAAUAAGAGUUUUAUGUUUGUGGUAAGCUGUAUUGUGUUUUUUUUUUUAUUUUUUUAUUAAAGCUGGAUUUAUUUUCCUAUAGUUACA